UUGAGGUAAUGCAUGUGGGCAAUGAUGAAGACAGUGAGGAUGAAGUAAGGACUGUUGGAGUCAGAGGAAAGGGGCAAAUCUUAGGUACGGUUGGGUUGAUGCCUCUGGCAGGAAACAAGAUAAAUCUGGAGAAACUCAUACAUCGUCCGACAAUAUUGGGAGAGUCUUAGGCAAAGAAUGUGCAGACGAUAACGAGGGAGAUGGGACUAUUAAGAAAUAUGAUGGUGGUGGCAGAUUACUUCAAUCAAAGGGUGGAAGAGGGCGACUCAAGGGUUCAAAAAAUAGGACGCCUUCUGACAAGAAAGGGUGUACCAGGCCAAAGGGGCUUAAGAAAAAUACGCAGCUGGUUGGUUCUAGCGAAUUUCAGAUGUCUUCUGAAAGGUUUAAUGUUCUCAAAUUUGAGGAUUCUCAGAAGAUGGAGAAACCUCAAAGGACCCACAUUGCGGAAGAUAACGAAUUUGCAUGCAUGGGCGAGGAAACAGCCCAUCGAUUGCGGGAAUGUCGGAUGCCACCAAACAGAGUUACAGAAGGAUCACCAGGGGUCAAUGUGUCACCAAUGCCUGAAAAGUGACAAUGUUGAUGUUGUCAUCUGUUCAAAAUGCAAGUCGAAACGCUACUGUUAUGAGUGCAUUGCAAAGUGGUAUCCCGAGAGGACGAAGGAGGAAGUUUUGAGAGCAUGCCCAUUUUGCUGUGGGAAUUGCAAUUGCAAAAAUUCCCUUAAAGUACUCGAAAAGGGGUGCUGCCAAGAAACCGGUCAUAGUGUCAGACUGGAAAGGUCCCUAUAUUUGCUAGUUAACGUUCUACCUGUCCUGAGGCAUAUACAACAAGAGCAGAGGUCUGAGUUAGACAUUGAAGCCUGCAUACAUGGUGUUCAUUUUACUGAGGAUGAUAUACUGGUUGCAGUACUUGAGGAAGAUGAUCAGAUAUACUGUGACAAUUGCAAGACAUUCGUUGUCAAUUUCCACAGAAGCUGCCAGAAUCCACAUUGUUUUUAUGAUCUCUGCCUUGAUUGUUGUUCUGAGCUCAGAAAAGGUAUUCAGCCUGGAGGUAUUGUGCCAAAAACUCUUCAUGCAUCUGUUGAAACGAGUCAGGAUCAAGUAAAUGGCCAUGUACAUGACAUGUCUUUUGUUUUCCCUAAAUGGGAAGCGAAGAUUAAUGGCAGCAUACGAUGUCCUCCCAAAGAGCAUGGAGGUUGUGGUUCUGAGGAUCUAGUGCUCAGACGCAUUUUUGAUGCAAAUUGGGUGGAAAAAUUAAUGAGGCAGGUGAAGGACCUUACAUCUGGUUACCAGUCAAUGCACAUAGAAUUUUCUCAAAAAUGUAUGUUGUGCCUUGUUAAUUCAGAAGUAAGACAAGCAGCAUGCAGGGACGACAGUCAAGAUAACUUUCUGUACUGUCCUAAUGCUAUUGAUCCAGGAGAUUCGGAUUUUGAACAUUUUCAAAUGCACUGGAAGAGUGGUGAAACUGUCAUUGUUAGAAACGCAAUGGAAAAGGCCUCGGGUCAUAGUUGGGGGCCAUUGGUGCUGUGGAGGGCCCUCAAACAUGCGAGCAAAAAAUUAGAAGCACGGAAUUACUGUGUGAAGGCUAUAGACUGCAUCAAUUGGAGUGAGGUUGAGAUUAAUAUUGAUCAGUUCUUUAGGGGCUACUUAGAGGGCCGUAAACAUAUAAAUGGUUGGCCUGAAAUGCUGAAGUUGAAGGACUGGCCACCUACAAGUUUAUUUGAAGAAUGUUUAUCAAGGCAUGUCUCUGAAUUCAUGGCCUUGCUUCCCUUCAGUGAUUACACCCAUCCUAAAUCUGGUCUCUUGAAUCUUGCUACCAAGCUUCCCGAGGGUGCCUUAAAACCUGACUUGGGACCUAUAACUUAUAUUGCCUAUGGAUCUUUAGAAGAACUUGGUGUAGGCGAUUCAGUUACCAACUUACACUGUGACAUUUCUGAUGUGGUUGUUCAUCCUAUUCAUGACCAGACUUUUUAUCUAAAUGAGAAGCACAAGAAACAGUCGAAGGAGGAGUUCGGAGUUGAACCUUAGACGUUUGAGCAAUACCUUGGUGAGGCCGUGUUCAUUCCCGCUGGAUGCCCACAUCAAGUGCGAAACAGACAGUCUCGUAUGAAAGUCACUGUUGAGUUUGUAUCCCCUGAGAAUGUUCAAGAGUGUAUCAAAUUGACAAAGGAGUUACGUUUACUUCCUCAAAAUCAUAUAUCUAACCAAGAUCAACCGGAGGUGAAGAAGCUGGCUAUUUUUGCUGCAAGUGCUGCCACGACUGAAGCUAGAAAUCUGACGUCUAAACUUAAGAAAGCUGAUGAAUAGAAUUCUCAUGUGGUCCACUUAGCACAGAAGGGUGACACCUGGGGCAAGCUGUUGAAGUGUGAAGGCUCUCUAGGAACAGAACUGGAGAUACGGAGGAAUUUAUUAUUGAUUCAGAGGAUUGAGAUCGCCAUUUAUGAUCCGCAGAAUUCAGAAAGUUUUUCACUCCUCCGAUAAACCUUUGUUGUCCUGUUCAAACUCGUAUUUUUCUGAAGUAUGUUUAGGUUUUAACCUUUGUACAUAUGUUUAAGCACAUGGUGCCCCAUACAAACUAGAAACGUUACAUUUUGGUAGACAUAUAUGCUUUAUCAUAGCAUUAUAGAUAGAAAUGUCAGUAGGUCAGUUCUGUGUAAGCUUAUUGUAAUGCAUCAUGUUGUGAAGUUUCUGCUGUAUCUAGUUGUUUAAGAACAUUUUCCCUACAAAAUUCAG